AUGGAAGACAGCCAGCUAAUUUCCAAUCAUCAUCCGUUCACGGCUCCGAUAGAGAAGCAUCGAGAAUGGCUGAACGAUGAAGAAAAAACCCUGGAAAUUACUGGUCAGCAUUACGACCUGGUUAUAAAUGGCGUUGAAAUCGGUGGUGGCUCUAUACGAAUACACGAUUCGGAAGAACAGGCUCGAGUUCUCGAAAUUCUCGGAGAGAAUACGCGUGAGAUGGACCACCUUCUUCACGCUUUGUCUCACGGUGCACCGCCCCACGGGGGAUUUGCCUUGGGCCUGGACCGCUAUGUAGCACUAUUGCUUGGUCAAGGAGAUCCCGCUGUGCCGGUUCGGGAGGUAACUUUGAAGUCAUGA